GCAAGAUGGAUCCCCCUAGCUCCUUGCUGGAGCCUGGUUCCCAGCCGGGGGGCGGAGGCAGCCGGGUACCCCGGGGCUCCCCGGACAAGUCGCUGCUGGAGUCCCGCGAGCGGCAGGACUUGGAUCAGCCUGCCCUGGGCGAGGAGGGGAGCGGCCCGGCACAGGAGCUGGUGGUCGCUGCAGCUGGCUACCAGGUGCCAGUGGGGUUCGAGGAGGUGGCCGUGUAUUUCUCCUGGGAGGAGUGGAGGCUCCUGGAUGAAGGGCAGAGACAGCUCUACAGGGACGUCAUGCAGGAGAAUUACCAGACUCUGAUCUCGCUGGCAGGAUUCCUCGUCCCUGUCCUGGCUGUGAUCCCCUGGAUGGAGCAAGAGGAAGAGCCGAGGGUCCUGGAUAUCCAGGGCUCCCAGGAAAGGGAGAACCUGAUGGUCAUUUGUACAGUAGGUGCUGGGAUAGAGGAGGAUAAUCCCAAGCAGGAAGGGGCUGAAGGAAGGGAGCCUCGCAUGAUGUCCUUUAGUGCUGAGCAGGGAGAGGCCAGCGGGGCUGGACGGCAGCAGGAGACAGAGGUGAUAUCUCCGGAUGAGAUGGACAUCAAGGUGGUAACAGAGCACAAUGACAGCCAGGCUGAGGUGCGCCCCUACAGCUGCUUGGACUGCGGGAAGAGCUUCAGCCAGAGCUCCCACCUGGUCCAGCACCAGCGCACCCACACGGGCCAGAAGCCCUACAAGUGCACUGAAUGCGGGAAGUGCUUUGUCCUCAGAUACAACCUCAUUGAUCACCAGCGCAUCCACACCGGGGAGCGCCCCUACAAGUGCAGCCAGUGUGGGAAGGGCUUCAUCCGGAGUUCCCACCUUUUCCAGCACCAGCGCAUCCACACGGGCGAGCGGCCCUAUCAGUGCACCGAGUGUGGGAAAAGUUUCAAAUGCAGCUACACCCUGGUGAAGCAUUACCACACUCAUGUCGGGGAGCCGCCUUGUUUCUGCAGCGAGUGCGGGAAGAGCUUCAGCCUGGGAUCCUUUGCCAAGCACGUCCGCACCCAUACGGGCGAAAAGCCCUACAGCUGUGUUGAGUGUGGUGAGAGCUUCAUAAGCAGUUCCAACUUGAUCCAACAUCGGCGCAUCCACACUGGGGAGAAACCCUACAGCUGUGACCACUGUGGGAAAAGCUUCAGCCAAAGCGCCAACCUCAUCAAGCACCGGCGCAUCCACACCGGAGAGAGACCCUACAGCUGCUCUGAGUGCAGCAAGACCUUCAGUCAGAGCUCAUCACUCAUGCGGCACCGGCGGAUCCACCGCAGAGACCAGCCUUACGAGUGCACCGAGUGUGGGAAGCGCUUUCGCUGCAAUUCAUCUCUGAUGAACCAUCAGCGCAUCCACACUGGGGAGCGGCCCUACAAGUGCCCCGAGUGCGGGAAGGGUUUCAUCAAUAGGUCCAGACUCACCAACCACCGGCGCACCCACACUGGAGAGCGGCCCUACAAAUGCACCGACUGUGGGAAGGGCUUUGGAGACAGCUCCGCUCUCAUGAAGCACCAGAGGACGCACACCAAGUAGACACCCAGCAGAUGGAGAGUAGGGCACCUGUGGCUCUCAAGAGGGUGAAAUUGAUAUGUCCUGGGGAACAGGGGCCACUGCAGAGGAGAACAUUGAUAUGCCUUCCGGGGGAGCUGGGAGGGACAAGGGCACCUUUAUAGAGAGUAAAUUGGCUUCCUCUCUUCCCACCCCCGUUGCUCAGCAAGACAUACCAAUUCAUCUCGGAAGCCUUGGCUCCUAUCCCCAAUGCAUGCCAGUGCCCUAGAAGCCUCUCCCCUCCCCUCUUUCCAGUGGAUCAAGGUUCUGAUGGCCUCUACAAAGAUCCCAAAAUGGCAGGAAGAGCUAAGGUAACUUGUCUAGCAUUGCUUAUUUCCUCUCUACAAAUCAAACAUAGUGGGGUAUGGUGAUUAGGGCUGGGAGUUAGGACUCCUGGAUUCGAUCCUUAGAGAGGGGAAUGGGGUCUAGGGCUGGUAUCAGAGGGGGCUGGGAGAAUCAGGACUCCUGGGUUCCAGCCCCAGCUCUGUCACUUAGCCUCUCUGUGCCUCUCUUUGUACAAUGGGAAUAAUGAUACUUGGCUUUUUUCUACUGUGUUUUGAGAUUCACAGAUGAAAAGUGCUUAUUAUUCUUUGUGGUGAGUAAUUCUCUAAGCCAGAAAUGGCUCUCAGUUGAUCUGCUUUGUUCAUGCUCUGGGUUAGCUGUAGAGCAUAGAUCUCUAGGUCUUUUCUUAAUCUGGUUUGCAGUAAUUAAGCUCCACAGUUGAUGUCUCAUUUCUCUCAACCAAUCAGGAGAAGAAAUUUAAGGAGAUUCUGGAAAGGCAAAUAAAACUGGGGAUUGUGCCCUUCAAUUUUGCUACUUUAUGAUGCACAAAACAAACCGUGGGGAAGGGGCGGAGUGAAUCAACUUGCUUGGGACUUGUACGUUAGACAUUUGGGAGUUGUAUCACUUGGAAGUCUCUUGGGAAGACUGGAGAAUUGGGUCUGAUCAGUUAAACCUGAUUGAACGUGGAGAAUGGCUUUACAAUAUAAGUUAAGGCUAGGAGUUUUCAGUAGCAAUCUUGGAGGGCGUCCAUCGUGUGGGAUAUCUUGGAGGCCUAAUUUUCAGGUGGAAGUGCUCAGCAUUGUCUCAAAAUUGGGCCCCCUUCACCAUUAACAGUUGGGCACUGACUGUCACCAUUGAAAGUUUUGACACAAAUUUUAACAAUGAGGAUUUUUCUCCAAUAUGCUCCUUAGAUAACUGAAUUAGAUAGGUGUCAACAAAGUGAGCCUAUCAGAUUCUUUGCCUGUGGUAAUAUUUAUAUAACUCAAAUGCCUAUAUCAUGGCAUCAUGGAAUGCUCUGCUCACCACUUGGGCACCUGCUUGUGGCCACAGUUGGGGAAUAGCUCAGCCAGUCUCUCACCCCUUCCUGAAUGCGCCCAUCAGUCGUGGGUUUACAGGGUCUGUGCUACAUCCCAGCCUUUCAACAGUCUCCUGGGAGUAACCCUUUUAGUGUGGCAGACCCUCAGGGGGACACACAGUUCCACCAGAGGAGGCCAUGCGGCCUCUUCAACUCCAGGAUUGGGUCUUCAGGCUUCAGCAUCCCUGUUUGCCACUGGGAGCUCCUACAGCGAGUCCGACUGAGAUCAGACUUCUGCAGAGACAUUCUCAUCUCAGGGAGCGAUGCAGCCCAUUGCGUAUUAGCAGUGAUGCUGAGCUCUUUCUUCCCUGCAGAGUGUCGGAGGAAGUUGCCUGCUCUUUCCAGGCCCGGCAGCUAAGCAUUCUUGUUCAGUCACUGGGGCUCCAAUAAUGUUUUCCAGAUCUUUCAUUCAGGUGCAUUGAUUCUUUUCUGCUCCUAAAGACACUUUGGUACCAUCUCAGACAGUCCACCUGCCAUUCUGCCAGCCCUCAUUCCCCAUUCUACUCAGUGUAUAGCCAUACAAAGUGCACGAGGAUACUGAGACACACAUAUGGAUCAUAAAAGUAUUACCAGCAUUCCCAUGUACAUCACAGCAUAACAGACACUCUGGAGAAAAAUCUUCUAUGUUAAAAGUUCACCAACCCUUUGCCUUGGGAGUUCUGUUAAGCUCUCGAGCCUCCUCACCUGAUGCUUCAUAAGGAAAUAAAAUAAGACCACACAUUCCUAGUGGUUCUAAGGUUUAAAGAAUAAACCCCAGAGCUUCCCCCCAGCCCUGUUGUAUUGCCACAGGCAAAGCUGUCAUUGGAGUUUGGUGGAGUUAUGCCCAUAAGGCAGAAUUCUUUAUUAAAAACUCAACAGCCUGGUGGAACUAUCAAUACGUCAGUAAAGGCAGAAAAGGUGAUUCGUCUGGUCUUGGAGCUGUAUAGGUUAGAGACAGGAUUCAACAAGUCAGGACUUCUGGGUUUUCUUCCCACCUCUGGCAGGGGAAAAGUGUAGAGUGGAUUAGAGCAGGGGAGGCUGGGAGUUAGGAUGCCUGGGCUGUAUCCAUGGCUCUUGGAGGGAAGUGGGUCUGUUGGUUGCAGAUGAAGGUGGCCAUGGAAAUCUAGUUAUCUGUUGUUCUGUUCUUUGCGAAAUAAUGGCACACUCUGGCCCUGUGCCAAGUGCCCUCAACAACCAAAGACUUGCCAGGCACAGAUUGUGCUCAGCAACUAGAAGCAGGUGCUUAGGUGGGGGCAGUUUUUAAGUCUGCAGCAGGGCUGCAUGGAGAAUUGACUUAACACCAGGACUUUUUAGAACAAGCUUGCAGCAAGAUGUGGCAUGGAAAAGCUGUGAUUGAAGAAAGGGGUGGGAGGGGGGAGGAGGAGAGAAAGAAAAUGGCUAAGAUUUUUUCCAAACUGGCUAGUUAUUUUGGGGGUGCUCAGUCUGAGACUGAUUUUUUCAGAGGGUGAGCACUCAGUGCGUUCUGGGGAAUCACUUUCCUUGUAAGGGGGUCUCCCCCAGUUUGAGUCCCCUAAAAACUGAGACACUGAAUCACUCGCUGCUUUUGACAGUGGUGCCACCAAAUCUUCAAAGUGACUAGCUAGAAUCCCUGCUCUCUGCUUAGCCAGCAGGGCCGGCUCCAGGCACCAGCAAAGGAAGCAAGUGCCUGGGGGACCAAUAGAAAGAGGCACCACAUCUGUCUGUUGUUGGGGCAGUAGGUCCGGAGAGGCAGUGGCGGCACUUCAGCGGCAACUCAAUCGUUCCGCUUCACUCUUCAGCGGCAAUUUGGCGGUGGGCCCUUCACUCCCUAUCUUUCUCUUCCGCAGCAGCUUGACUGGGUUUUCUUUUUUUUUCUUUUCCUUUCCUUUCUUUCUUUUUUUUUUUUUUUUUUUCCUGCCACUUGGGGCAACAAAAAAGGUGGAGCUGGUUCUGUUAGCCUGGUCUUCCACCCAUCCUCUCUUAAGUGUUUGCUCUUUUGAUUCACAUGGGGAAGUGUUUUCUAAAACCAAAGGAAACCCAGAUUGUUUUAGAGAAGUGACCACUGUUAAAAUGCCCCUUUAAAGUUACAUUUUUUUUAGCCUUGGUUUUUUGUUCUGUUUUGUUUUUUCUUUUUGAGAGGGGUGUGUGCGUAUUUUAAUUUGGGAAUCUCUAUAAACAUGGGGAGGGGGGAAGUAGAGGGAUUGGCAUGAUUUACUCUUAGCAGGAAAGAGAGAUCUUUUUCCUGCAACUUCACAGGACGUUAUAAUCCAGAGAGAUUUCUCCCGCAGUUUUAUCAGAUUUUAUAACACAGAGAUCUCACUCCAGUUAUUUCAGUCAAUGUUAUGAUGAGAGAGACUUAAUGAAGGAAAUCUACUCGUGGAGGGAUUGGGGCCCUUUCUCUAUGUAGCUUUUAAGGGAGAGCUGUUUAGAUUAAUUCAAAUAUUUUUCUGUAGAGCUGAUUUUAAUACUUUAUCCAUUUUUUAAACUAGUGAUAUUUUUCUAUCCAUGUAGUGAGCUUCCUGUAGUUAGAUCUAAGAGGUGAAAAUAAAUAUUUGGAUCUAAAA